AUGGCCAAGAAUAAUCUGACCUCCGUAACUGAGUUCAUUCUCAUAGGCUUCACUGAUUACCCCAACUUGGAGAUUCCCCUCUUCCUGGUGUUCCUGGCUUUCUACCUAGUCACCCUUCUCGGGAACAUGGGCAUGAUCAUGCUGAUUCAAGUUGACACCCAACUGCACACCCCAAUGUACUUCUUCCUGAGCCACCUCUCCUUGCUGGAUGCCUGCUACACCUCAGUCAUCACCCCUCAGAUCCUGGCCACACUGGCCACAGGUCAGACAGUCAUCUCCUAUGGCCAGUGUGCUGCCCAGUUCUUCUUCUUCACCAUCUGUGCAGGGACAGAGUGUUUCCUGCUGGCAGUGAUGGCCUAUGACCGCUAUGUUGCCAUCAGCAACCCACUGCUCUACACAGUAGCUAUGAGCCCCAGGGUCUGCUGGAGUCUGGUGGUGGGAGCCUACGCCUGUGCCAUGUCGGGGGCCAUCCUACGCACCACGUGUACCUUCACCCUUUCCUUCUGUCAUGACAAUCAGAUCAACUUCUUCUUCUGUGACCUCCCACCACUCUUGAAGCUCUCCUGCAGUGACACCACAAAUGCUCAGAUUAUCAUUGUUUUCUUUGGCAACUUCGUGAUUUUGGCCAAUGCCUUGGUCAUCCUGAUUUCCUACCUGCUCAUCAUCAGGGCCAUCCUGAGGAUGAAAUCUUCUGGUGGCAGAGCCAAGACUUUCUCCACCUGUGCCUCCCACCUCACUGCUGUGGCCCUUUUCUUCGGGACCCUCAUCUAUAUGUAUCUACGCAGCGGGUCACAAAAAUCCCUGGAGGAAGAGAAGGUGGUAUCUGUCUUCUAUACUGUAGUCAUCCCCAUGCUGAACCCUCUGAUCUACAGUCUGAGAAACAAGGAUGUGAAGGCUGCCUUUGGAAAGGUCACUGGUCGAUUCCACGUGUCUCAGAGUAUGUAA